AUGCCUGACUACAUGAUGGAACCGGCUUACCUCAGGAGGAAUAUCAAUCAGGGUACGUACGACAUUGAGUCAGUCAAGGCCGUCUUCGACGACAGCUUCAUCGCCCACGUAUCGUACGUGGACAAUGGUCUGCCAGCAUGCAUGCCCAUGAUUGCCCUGGUGAGCGAGGAGGAUGGAGGGUCAGGGGAAUGCGUCAUCCAUCUCCACGGUCAUCCGAGAACUCGGAUUGUCGAGCUAGUACGGGAAUCAAGUCGAGAGGACCGGCAGCCAAGUGAUCCUGUCAGGGUGUGCAUAACCGCCACAAAAGUGGACGGCCUGGUCCUAUCGUCUGCACCGAACGGUCACUCACUCAACUACCGCUCCGCCACCAUCCACGGAACCUGCUCGGCCGUCCUAGACAAGGCCGUCAAGCGCCGGGUGAUGCGCGACGUGACCAACCACAUCGUCGCCAACCGCUGGGAGGAGGUCAACCCGGUGGCCUCCUUCCAGGUGAGCCUCGUGUACGUGGUGCGCGUGCGCAUAGACAGCAUGUCGGUCAAGUCUAGGACGGGACCGCCGGGGAUACAGCCCAGGAACGAGGAGGCCGACGGCCCGGACGUGGAGCCCAAGGCUUGGGCCGGCGUCGUCCCCGUGUGGGAGCAGCUGGGCUCGCCCGUCGAUAGCAGACUCACCCCGGGCGCUGAGGUGUCGGAUAACCUGGCCGGCUACAUCCGGGACAGGAAUGCGAGGAUGAAGGAGUAUGCCGAGAGAGUGUCGCAGCCUGAUUCGGGGUGA